GGCGAGCGCCUCAGUUUCCGGGGGACUCCUUUAACAGCUGCACCUAGUAGCGGUGAUGGUGGCGGACUCGUCAUGAGCACUAAGAACGUCACCUGCAGAUAUUUUUUGCACGGUGUUUGCCGCGAAGGCAGUAGGUGUCUAUUUUCACACGAUGUGACAGCCAGCAAACCAUCUACUAUCUGCAAAUUCUACCAAAGAGGCCAGUGUGCAUACGGUUCCCGCUGCAGGUAUGAUCAUGUGAAACCUCCUAUAGGGAAGGCUGCUGCUGAACAUACUGUUAGAAAUGUAGAGGCUAUUGCAGCCCCACAAACCAUGUACAGUGACUCUUCAGCCUUGGGAAUCACAGCAGCAUUAGGGAGGCCUGAUAAAAAGCCGCUGGUCCUACGAGAUAGAGCCCUCUGUAGCUUGUCUGAUGAGAGGAUUCCACCCUAUAGUGAUAGCCUCUGUUGGAGCUCUGAGGAAGAGUCACUUAACAGCCGACCACUCUCCUACCUAGAGGCCAUCCAGGCAGGACUGGAGAAUUCAGCAAGUAGUAGCAACCUCGGUGACACUCCACAAUUGUGCCCUUAUGCUGCUGCUGGCCAGUGUUACUCCAGGGAAAGCUGUGGUUACGUUCAUGGUGAAGUAUGUGACAUUUGUGGAUUGGAGGUACUGCAUCCUGCAGAUCCAGAGCAGAGAAGAGAGCAUGAGAAGAUGUGCAUGAUGGCAUUUGAGCAGGACAUGGAACAGGCAUUUGCUGUGCAAACAAGUCAGAACAAAGUGUGCAGCAUCUGCAUGGAGGUGGUAUAUCAGAAAAGUUCAUCUUCGGAACGCCGCUUUGGUAUUCUUUCCAGUUGUUGCCACACCUACUGUCUCAGCUGUAUAAGGCAGUGGAGAUGUGCCAAGCAGUUUGAGAACAAGAUCAUCAAGUCCUGCCCAGAGUGCCGUGUGGUGUCCGAGUUUGUGAUUCCCAGUGCAUAUUGGGUGGAGGAUCAGAAUGAGAAAAACAAACUUAUUGAGGAAUUCAAAACUGGAGUUGGCAGGAAAGCCUGCAAGUAUUUUGAUCAGGGAAAAGGGACCUGUCCUUUUGGUGGAAAAUGUUUGUACCUGCAUGCUUAUCCAGAUGGCAGAAGAGCAGAGCCAGAAAAACCCCGCAAGCAGCUUAGUUCGGAGGGCAGCGUUCGGUUCUUGAACUCUGUGCGGCUGUGGGAUUUCAUUGAAGAGCGGGAACACCGGGGUUUGCCCCAGUAUGAUGACCAGGUGGAAGAACUCGGUGAACUGUUCAUGGAGCUGCAAGGGCCAGCUGAUGAGGACGGUGUUGUAGCCAGCCACUAAUUCACAGCUCACGUCAUUUCUGGAUGUCUAUGAUGUGGUCUACACACCCUUCUCAGUAUUACUAGGGGUGAAAACAAUGCUGAGAAAUAAAAACCAUGUCAUUGUAA